CCCGCUAGGCAUAUCUGUCCGCCGUUCCCCAUUCUCAACGUGCCCUCACCCACACCGCGCCCUGCAUCUGCCGUUGCGUCUGCCGCCCGUGCCACGCCCAACUGCGCCUGCCGCCCGUGCCGCGCCCAGCCGCGUCUGCCGCCGGCGCCAAAUCUCUGCUAGCGGGAGCAGAAGGAUAGGAAGGAGAGAAGCCGCAUGCACUGACUUUCUUCCCCAUCGCCGGCGCUAGCUUUAGACGGCCCCUUCUCAUCGAAUCCGGCCGCGCCGUAGUACCCAAGGAGGCGCUCGAGCUCUAUCGGGCAACCCAGCGCAAGGCGGCGUCUGAGGCGGAUGCGGAGGUGUCGGAUUCGUCUCCACCGGAUCGGCGGCUGCGGCACCAGAUGCAGCGGAUCGGGCGCUUCUCUUUCACCGGCGAGCUGCCCGUCGGCCUGCGUAGGGGGAGGAGUCGAAGGAGCUGGUGUCGCGCUCAUCCUCGCGUUGGCCCGAUGUGAGAACUCCUCGCCUUGGCCCAAUGUGAGAACUCCCGCUCCGCGCGCCGCCCGCAGCUGCGAAAGAACAUUGAAGGGAUGCUCGUGGAAGAUGAGGUCAAGAAGGUGCGAGAAGAACGUUGAUGGGAUGCUCACGGAAGAUGAGGUCAAGAAGGUGGAUACGCCCAUGAUGCAUAGGAUGGCGAAAGAGGUGCAGGGAGCCGACGGCCUGUCCGCAGUGAGGAGCUGAUGGAGGAACAGCCACCCACUUGAGGGUGGGUACACGGUAGCAAGGGCGCCAACUGGGAAGGCGACGCUGCUGCCGGGCGGCAAGGUCGUCGUCCACCAAGGGGAUGAUGCUUCCGUGCGGCGAGGGGAUCAACCUCAGUGAGGAGGUGAUGGAGGAACAACCACGCAGUUGAUGGGUGGGUACAGGGGCGGCGAGGGCGCCGACCAGGAAGGCGACUCUGCUGCCGGGCGGCGAGGUCGUCGUCCACCAAGGCGACGAAGCUUCCGUGCGGCGAGGGGAUCAACCUGGGGAUCUGUUUCUAUUUUUAUGGGAUAUACGCAUUUUUUUUUUCUUUGCAUGGCCUAUGUGAUGCGUGAUUGUAGGGGGUUUGGUCGAGUGCGUCUGGGGUCUCUGUUUUUCUCCGUGGUGGAGUACGGUCAGCCAAGUUAAAUCGAUAAGUGCACACCAGAAACGUAUCAGAUUACAAGGCUAGCCGUUGGAUUGUGAUUAGUGGGCCUGAUCAUGUGGUGGUAUUGGGUCUGUGUACGUUUUACGGGGUGCGUUUAGUGAAGUUCUUGUUUGAUUGUUUAAUAGUAGUGGAAAAAAAAACAUCUCUGAA